UUCCUUCCAAUGAUUCCAUCCUAGAUCCCAUUUUCCUUCUUUAAUCCACCCUCCUUCUUCCCAUUUCUCUCCCCCUCUCUCUUCAUUUCAAUUUCAGACCCAUUUUCCCCACUAACUCUCUUCUGGGUAUCAUGAUUUUCUCCCACAAAAUGCAACAAAUUGCAUUUCAAAUGGGUUUCACUCUCUCCGAUUUCGCUCUCACUUUGGAACAAGAGCGCCGUAAAGUCCUCAUGUUCCAGCGCGAGCUCCCUCUCUGUUUGGAGAUUGUUACUCGCGCCAUUGAUUGUUGUAGGCAUCACGUGUCGGAGACCACGACGGAGAAUCGUCUAUCGGAGUGUUCGGAGCAGACUUCCAGUGACGUGGGUCCGGUUCUUGAGGAGUUUAUUCCGAUUAAUAGAUAUGGGGUUUCUGAUUCUGAACAACAACAACAACAACUACAACGACAACAACAACUGCCCUGUGAAACUCAAACGGAGAACACUGACGACUCUGAUCGAAAUAAUUUGAAUUUGUGUCCGUCGGAUUGGCUCAGAUCUGCCCAGCUUUGGAAGGAUCCUUCUGCCUUGAAUCAGGACCUGCCGGAGAAGACGGCUGUUGUUGAGGUCAAGAGUAAUGGCGGAGCUUUCCGGCCAUUUCAGAAGGAGAAAACCGGUGGCGGAGGAACGUCAUCGACUUCGGCUCCGGCUGCGACGAGCUCCACUGCGGAAAUGGGGUCCGGUGGAAGUAAUCGACGGGAAGAAAAAGAAGCGCAGAAUCAGAGGAAACAAAGACGGUGCUGGUCACCGGAGCUACACCGGCGAUUCCUUCAUGCUCUUCAACAGCUCGGAGGUUCCCAUGUGGCGACGCCGAAGCAAAUCAGAGAGUUGAUGAAGGUGGAUGGCCUUACCAACGACGAAGUGAAAAGUCAUUUACAGGUUUGGAAAUCUAGAAUUUUCUUUUUCCCCCAUUUUUUUUUUUUUUUAAUUCUAUAAUUUCUUUUC